CGAGACCACCUGAUUACGUCUCUCUCUCUCUCUCUCUCUCUCUCUCUCUCUCUCUCUCUCUAUCCACUGCGACGCACGCCAAGAUCUGCAAUCCUUUCCUUUCUGGUUUCUACUCAAAGAUUCUGCAGAUUUGUCAUGGAUUUCAUGAAGGUCUUCGAUCAAACGGUCCGAGAAAUAAAGAGGGAGGUGAAUCUGAAGGUCUUGAAGGUUCCGGAGAUGGAACAGAAGGUAUUGGAUGCAACGGAUAAUGAACCUUGGGGUCCUCAUGGAUCUGCAUUGGCAGAGAUCGCACAGGCCACAAAAAAAUUUUCGGAAUGUCAGAUGGUUAUGAAUGUUUUGUGGACAAGAUUGACUGAGACAGGAAAAGAUUGGCGUUAUGUCUAUAAGGCAUUGGCUGUUAUAGAAUAUUUGGUGUCACAUGGAUCUGAACGAGCUGUGGAUGACAUUAUAGAACAUACUUUCCAAAUCUCAGCUCUCACAAGUUUUGAAUAUGUUGAGCCAAAUGGGAAGGAUUUGGGAAUAAAUGUGAGGAAGAAGGCGGAAACCAUUGUGGCUCUUUUAAAUAACAAAGAUAAAAUACAAGAAGUUAGAAAUAAAGCUGCUGCGAAUCGUGACAAGUACUUUGGACUUUCAUCUACUGGGAUAACAUAUAAGUCAGGUUCUGCAACUUCAGCCUCAUUUAGUAGUAGCAGCUAUCAGAGUAGCGAACGCUAUGGAGGUCUAAGUGGUACUGGAGCUGGUGAUAGGUUCAAAGAUAGCUAUAGAGACAGGGAUCGACAUGAAGAAGACAAGAUUGAGAAGGACAGCUCUAGCAGGUCACGUCGAGAGAGCUCUUCAAAGAAGGCCUCAGCACGCUAUGGCAGCAGGAAGGAUCAGGAUAAUAUAUCAUCCAGUGUGUCAAAGUCAUCUAAUAAAUCAAAUGACUCUGAGAAGUACAGUUCAGUUCAUACUCAAAGCGCAAAUGUUCCUGAUGACGAUGAUGAUGAUUUUGAUCCCCGAGGGACUUCUGCUGCUAAGGCUGCUGUUGCAAGCUCAAACCAAGUGGAUCUGUUUGGACAAAGUUUGAUGGAUGACUUCAUAGAUGCUCCAACAUCUGUUCCUGCAGAAAAGCCUGGGAUUAACAGCAGUUCAUCAGAGGUUGAUCUAUUUGCUGAUGCAACUUUUGUGUCAGCACCACCCCAGGCAGAAACUGGAGCAUUUGCAGACUCAACUUUUGUAUCAGCACCACCCCAGACAGCAAAUGGAGCAAGUUCUCAAACUCAGAAUGGUGUUGAUCUAUUUGCUUCUCAACCAACCCUUUCUCCAUUGGCUUCUUCAACAGUAGAUCUUUUUUCCGCCCCUGAUCCAGUUACGCAGCCAGAAACCAAGUCUACAAAUGCUGCCCCAACAAACACCAACAUUGUUGAUCCCUUUGCCACUGUUCCACUUCACAAUUUUGGUGAAUCUGAUAUUUUUGGGGCCUUCACCUCUCAGUCUGAUUCAACAUCUUCAGAACCUUCCCAAAGUUCUGUCAAUGAUGGCAGCGACACUAAUUUGGGUAAAAAAUCUUCAGCAGACCUGAAUGGUCCACCCAAGAAGGAUUUCCAGGUGAAAUCUGGCAUUUGGGCCGACUCACUUAGCCGUGGACUGAUUGAUCUUAAUAUAUCUGCUCCCAAGAAGGUAAAUCUGGCGGAUGUAGGGAUUGUGGGUGGAUUGACUGACGGAUCAGAUGAAAGGGAGAAAGGGCCCCCAACUUCGUAUUACAUGGGUAGAGCAAUGGGUUCCGGGACUGGUCUUGGAAAAUCUGGGUUCCCAUCAUCGCCGGGAAUGGGAGGCGAUGACAUCUUCUCAAGUCUCAGUGGUGGCGGCGGCCAACAAUACCAAUACGGUGGUUUCCAAAAGUAAUUUUGUUAUUUCUGCCAUUUUUUCCGUCUACAUAUUCUUUUGCCUACUCGGCCAAAAUAUUGAAGAGAAAGUCCUUUCUUUUGGUGUGCUUAGUUUGUUCAUACAUCCGUCAAUGGAUAUUGUGGUAUUGAGGAUUGUAUUGAUCGUGAGUGAAGAUGAUUGCGACACUUUUUAUUUAUAAAUUCCAGUGGAUUGCAAACAGCUUCGUGAUUAAAUUAAUCCUCCAGUCUUUUGAACAA